AUGCGGACGGCUGCUGGCUGCGCGCGCCGGCGACGGCUGCCGACGCGCCUACAGCCAAGCGCGGCGGAGGGCGAGCCGCCCACGCCAGCCUGCCCCGCUGCCGCUCUCCUUCCAGCGGCGAGCUCUCCUCUCCGCCCUCGGCCUCCAGCGCCGCCAACCGCCUUCAGCUGCCGCCAGCAGCCCAUCUACCAGUCUGCGCAGCCAGCCGUCCGCACGUCCGUGUCGGCGACGGGGGCGGCGGCGGCGGGAGCGGGGGCGGGGCCGGAGCGCGCGUCGGAACACGACUUGCCGGCCGCUGCGGCAGCCGCGGCGGCGGCUGCGAGUGAAGGCCCGCGGGGCCUCCUCAAGUGGAAGGGCGUCGUCUUCACCCCGGAGGCCGAGCAGCCGCCCGGCGCCAACGACUUCGCGGCGGCGGCCGCUGCCGACGCGGCGGCCAAGGCGGCUGCGGCGGCGGCGGAAGCGGGGGAAGCCAAGGAGCCUCUGGUGGGGCAGCGGCUGACGGUGGAGCUGAGCCGCGGGUGGAACGCGCGCCUGGGCUUCAGCCUGCGCGCGCAGGGGCUGCGCACGGUGGUGAGCGCAGUGCACGCGGACAGCGUGGCUGCGCGCGACGGCCGCCUGCGCGCCGGGGACUUGCUCGUAGAGGUGAAUGAGGAGAGUGUGGAGCAUAUGACAACAGCAGAUAUAAUCGAUUUGCUGAGAAAAAUCCGUGGAACCAUUGCUAUAACUGUUGUGCGGCCUCCUCCCCCACCUCCUUUGCCUGCUCCAGAGUCCCAACCUGCUUAAAAGUAAUUAGCAAAUCAGUCAACAUGUUUAUUCUUGUCUUACUCAGAGUAGUAGUAGGCUGACUGUCUUCUUUGCUGUGAUUGUCCUCAUCUCCACUGUCUGCUCAAAUUGGCUUUAAUGCUCAUGAAAUUCAAAUUCUCACUGAUGGCUUGUUUGACAGAGCAGAUAGAAGUUUUCCAUUACCAAUAUUUUUGUUUACUAUUUUAAACUAGAACUAUGUUUAUUCUCACUUCAUGAAAACUCAUGGGGAAAAUUAUCCUAUAGCCUUUUAUUGUUGGUAUUGUGACCUUUUAUACAAAGACUUUUUUGGCAAAUAAAAUGUAAAUUCAGAAUUUCAUUUGCAAAUCAUAUAUUUGUUUUAGAAAAUGUUAAAUCUGAACAAAUUUGGUUAAGAAAUAAGAUGUUGAAGAUUCAUGUUUGGUAAUGGGAACAAGUCUUCAAUUUUGUAAGACAGCUUAUUGGAGAGAUUUGAAGUGUGUGAACAUUGUGCUAAUUUUGCUGAAUAGCGUAUGAAGAGUUCUGUACAAUACAAUCAGUCAUUAAGAAUACCAAAGGCGAGCUUGAGAUAUUAAAAUUCCAGUUGUAUUUAUUGAGUGAAUGGCCACCUGUUUAGUCUUAGUAAUAGUGUAGUUGUAUGCAUGAUUUUUGUCAUUAUUUUUCUGUUAAUAUCUAUACAUAAUAGUUGAAUUAUUUUGUUAUGUGACUGAAUGUCAAGUCAGUUGAACGUUGUAUGCACAAAAAGAAGUAAUGACAUUUCUUGAACAUGAGCCUUCAAAUUAUGUAAAAAUGAAAAGCAAUAAUUAGUUUUUCAAGAAUUUAAGUGACUCUUGUUACAUUAGGUUAAGCUUCAGAAAGAAAGUGUUUCAGAAAAAUGAGAGACAAAUCUAUUCUAAAGAAAACACAUAUUCUAAGAGUUUGACAUGGUGAGGAUGAAAGACUGUGUAGAUUGAAAAUCAUUUGUAUUGCUGAUCUCUCUAAAUUGUGGUAUUUUUGAUUUAAUCAUUUUUAGAAACUUAAAGGAAUUGUAAUUUUUCUCUCUUUUGUAAUUGUUAGAUGUACUAAAAAGGUCUACUGUAAUAGAAUUAAGAUAUGAGAAAGACAGUAGAAUGCGUUGCCAGUGAUAGGGCAAACAUUAUUAACAAAGUAAAAUAAAUAAAAUUACCUUUCAUGUUGCUAUUGAAAUUGGUGGUCUAGACAGUCUUUCAUUAGCUUGAAGUUGUAUACUUUGCGUGCAUGAAUUUAAAUAAAUUUAAGAAGUUAAGAACAUUGAUAUUUAUAUAAAAUGGUGUAUAAAUGCAGUAUAUUUUAUAAUGUGCGAGUGAGUGAGAGAGAACUUAGAAUUCUGUAGAAAAUAAAUUAAUGAAGAAAGAGCUCUAUUAGAACACAGUGUGUAUUUCAUUUCCCCUAUGUACCUGUACUCCUAUGUACUAUGAAAUCUGUAAAGUUCAGCUAAACCAGCACACAUUCAUAUUAACCAUAUCAAAGGAAUAUGGGUAUAGGUUUUGGUGAAAUUUGAUGUUCAGAUUGUUGUUAUCAUUGUUUUAAGUUUCCAAUAGUUUUGUGUUCAUAACAGAAUAUAAAUUAGAAAUGCAUUAAUUGAAUAGAUUCUUUGUGAGACAUCUGAUGAACCUUGCUGCAAAGAUUCUUUCUACAUGAAGUUACAGUAUAAAAUU